UAAUCUUUCAGGAGGACAUAUAGCUGCUGCCAUAACGAGAUCUGCUGUAUGACUACAGGUUAUUUUAUUCACAUUUAUUCUGCAUUUAAGGAUUGGAUUUAAUACACUAACAUCAUCAUGAAAUCAAUGAGGGAAGUUGAUCUGGAUACAUACAGUCUGUCUUUACUUACGGCAAAAGAAGACAUCCUGAAUCCACGCUCGUCAACAAACUGGGCUUUAUUCACCUAUGAUGGAAUAAUGAACAUGCUCAAACUGGCUGAUUCUGGAGCAGGUGGAUUGAAAGAGUUGACAGCUAAGCUUCACCCUAAAUGGCCACUUUAUGGGAUGUGCAGGGUGGGCAAAGCUCAACCUCGCAUCGCUAUGAUAUUAUGGGUAGGAAAUGAAGUGGAUGGGUACCGCAAAGCUGAGUGUGCCAGUCAUUUACCAGCAAUCAGAGCCUUCUUUAAGGAAGUUCACAUCUUUCUUCCUGCCCACACUUUGGAUGAAAUCACAGAGGAGAGGAUCUGUACACUGGCCUAUAAUGCUGCAGUGGUGACGCAGGGACCGAGAGGGAGACCCAGCCACCGGACAGAAGACAGACAGGCCAUUGUGGGCACUAACUACAAGCGGACAAUCGCAGCUGCAGAGAUCCAAAGAAUACAGAGAGAUUCUUUUUGGGCACACGCAGAGAGAGAAGAGGAGGAAAGGAAAAAGGAGGAACAGCGGAGGGCAGCAGAGGACAGGAAGCAGAGAGAGAAAGAACGUUUGCUCCAGGAAAGGAGAGAUGCAACAGAGAGAGAGAGGAGAAUGAAUGAAAAAGAACAGAAAAUAAAAAACAAGGGUCAAAGGUGA